CCCUUCUUCUUCUUUUCCAUCUCUUCCGAAUCUUUGGUACUCCUUAUCCACCUCUUCCCAUAUUGUGCUACAUACGAACACCCAUUAGAGCCCCAGGUUUAUCGUUUUGAGAUCUCUAACUUGAUCCGCAACCAUGACUGACAUCACUGGUGGGCAUGGGGAGGAUGUCCAUCAGCCCCCCGCCCAUAUUCCCCCGGCACCCAUGGAGGACUACCAGUUUCCCGAACUCCGCCUGAAACGCAAGAUGGAUGAUCCGGAGAAGACUCCCUUGCUACUAGUUGCUUGUGGUUCUUUCUCGCCUAUCACUUACUUGCAUUUGCGUAUGUUCGAAAUGGCAGCAGAUUACGUCAAAUUCAGCACGAACUUCGAACUCAUCGGCGGCUAUCUUUCUCCGGUGUCGGAUGCCUAUCGCAAGGCUGGUUUGGCCGCUGCAGAUCACCGAGUUGCUAUGUGCCAACUUGCAGUGGACCAAACCUCCGACUGGUUAAUGGUUGAUACAUGGGAGCCAAUGCAGAAGGCAUACCAACCAACUGCUGUCGUGCUCGAUCAUUUUGACCACGAGAUCAACACUGUCCGAGAGGGAAUUGAAGCCGCAGAUGGCACACGGAAGCACGUGCGCAUCGCUCUUCUGGCCGGAGCUGAUCUGAUCCAUACCAUGUCGACCCCGGGAGUAUGGAGUGAAAAGGAUUUGGAUCACAUUCUGGGUAAAUACGGUUCUUUCAUUGUUGAACGCAGCGGAACAGACAUCGAUGAAGCGCUUGCAGCCCUGCAGCCCUGGAAGGACAAUAUCCAUGUGAUUCAACAGCUGAUUCAGAACGACGUCAGUAGCACCAAAAUUCGUCUUUUCCUUAGACGUGAGAUGAGCGUCCGCUACCUAAUCCCGGUGCCGGUCAUCCGCUAUAUCGAACAGCACCGCCUAUAUGAGGAUGACAGCACGACAGCCAAUUCCACAUCCGACAAAGGCAAGGGGAAACAGGAGCCUAGCAAGUCGGGUUGAUACCCUCAAACCCUGCAAUCUUGUUAGUCCGUUAGCCACGCAUAUGAGUACAAUUCAGCCCCAUUCUGCUAUCAUGCGGGGACAGAGCACAGCUACUGCGAGCUUAGCGUGCUAUGAGCAAAUCCGGGGUUACAAUGGCAGCCACGAGCGACCCGUACCCGUGCCGUCACAUUGCCCAGAGGUGCUACUGUCCACCUCUCUUAUCCCUUGCACCGCAGUCCUUGGAUACUUGAGGGCGCUCUUAGCCAGACAUUCUCUAGUCGCGGGGCCAAGUUGGACAUGCCUGCGGUGUCUGGUCUCCUUGCCUAGUGAAUCACUUCCCCCACUUCCUAUAGCUGCGGUUUUGGACCGAAAAGCUCCCGUUAAUUUUGGCUGUAUCCAGAUUUUGUUCUCGGGAAAGUGACACGAAUAAUGUGCUGAGCAUACCAUAGAGUUUAUGUCUUCAUUGGUUGUUCUUUACCUUUACUUUGUUUCUUUUUUAUUUUUAUUUUUUUUUGUUUUUUCUUUAUACCCCUGACACGACUCCUGUACUGAUAAAUCCUUGAUAGAUCAUGGUAGAUCUAGUUCUUGACAAUAAAUGGACACCAUUACAUUUAUACAGUUUAUAAAUAUAUACUUGUAAAU